AAGAAGAAGAAGAAGAAGAAGAAGAAGAAGAAGAAGGUGAUAUUCCGGGGCAAUGGAUGAAGAUCAGCCUGGAAGGCUGUAUAAUCUGUGAGGUGUGCAGCUAACUUUUGUCACUGGAAUUGCUGCAAUGUUUUCUUUGUAUUACAUCUUUAAUUUGCAGUACCAAGAGGAAGAAGCAUCCACACUGGAAUUCCUUCAAAGGUCUGUAUUCCUCAGUGCCACACAUUGAAUCAUAUCACUCAAUCUUCAGUAAAGCAUCCUAUUAACAUCAUCCUACAAAUGAAGAGGCUCUCCCUCAAAUUCAAACAAGUAGGAAACACUUCUGGUGUAAGAACACCUUCUACUUUUGUAAAGAUGGAUUUAAUUAAAGAAGAGAAUGAAGACAUGAGUGACCCAGAGCAAUACAGUGUCAAAAAUGAAGAUAUUGAGGAACAAAGAGACCUGAUGGAAGUGAAAGAGGAAAGUAAAGAACUGAAUGAAAUGGAGGAGGAACAUCAGUAUAAGGAACUUCAGCAUUUCAAAACAGGUGGAAAAUCUUUUAGUUCCACAGGAAAAAGAGUUUCUAGAACAGGAGCCAAAAAUUAUUUCGCAUGCCAUCAGUGUGGAAAGAGUUUCACCGAACAAAUAAAACUUAAGGAACACAUAAGAAUUCACACUGGAGAGAGACCUUUUACUUGUCCACAGUGUGGAAAAGGUUUCAUAAAAAAAGUACAACUUAAGCAUCACAUAAAAAUUCACACUGGAGAGAAGCCUUUCACAUGCCGUCAGUGUGGAAAGAGUUUCACCGAACAACGAAACCUUAAGGACCACAUAAGAAUACACACUGGAGAGAGACCUUUUACUUGUCCUCAGUGUGGCAAAGGUUUCACUCAAAAAGGAACACUUUAUAUUCACGUAAAAAUCCACACUGGAGAGAAGCCUUUCACAUGCCAUCAGUGUGGAAGGAGUUUCAACCAACCAGGACAACUUAAGCGUCACAUAAAAAUUCACACUGGAGAGAAGCCUUUCUCAUGCCAUCAGUGUGGAAAAAGAUUCACACAACAAGGACAACUUCAAAUUCACAUAAGAAUUCACACUGGAGAGAAGCCUUUUACUUGUCCUCAGUGUGGAAGGAGUUUUACACAACAAGGACAACUGAAGCGUCACAUAAACAUUCACACUGGAGAGAAGCCUUUCACAUGCCAUCAGUGUGGAAAGAGUUUCAGACAACAAGGCGUUCUUAAGCAUCACAUAAGAAUUCACACUGGAGAGAAGCCUGUCACAUGCCAUCAGUGUGGAAAGAGUUUCAGACAUCAAGGACAACUGAAGCGUCACAUAAAAAAUCACACUGGUGAGAAGCCUUUCACAUGCCAUCUCUGUGGAAAGAGUUUCACAGAACAAGGACCUCUGAACCGUCACAUUAAAAUUCACACUGGAGAGAAGCCUUUCACAUGCCAUCAGUGUGGAAGGAGUUUCAUAGAACAAGGAGAACUGAACCGCCACCUUAAAGUUCACACUAGAGAGAAGCCUUACACAUGCCAUCAGUGUGGAAAGUAUUUCAGAUGUUCUCAGAGUCUCAAAUUUCAUCUGCAUAUUCACUCUAAAGAGAAGCCAUUUAACUCUGAGCAGUGUAAACAAAAAUUUGUUGUGGCAUCACACUUAAAAAGACACCUCAGUGCUCAUAAAAAUGAGAGGCCCUACAUGUGUUCUUUUUGUGAGAAGAGGUUUUUACUUUUUGAUCAUUUCAAAAUGCACCAGGCAACACAUUCCGUUGGGAAAGCUGUGUUCUCUGGGUGUGGGAAAGCCUUUUCUAGAGCCAGUGAUUUGCAGAUGAUCCAAAAAAUACAUAAUGGAGAAAAACCUUACAAGUGUUCACAUUGUGGAAAGGGUUUUUCAGAGUCUUCUAACCUGGAAAUUCAUGUAAGAGUGCAUGCUGGAGAGAAGCCAUACCAUUGCCCUUCAUGUGGAAGUAGUUUCAAUGCAUUAAUAUAUCUAAGUGCUCAUUUGAAAAAGCAUUGUCCACAAAAGGUGGCCACAAUGAGCAAAGUUAAUCGUCUGGCUUCAGGUCUAAGUGAAUAGAAUGAAAUUCCGAUAAACCACAAAGAAUUACCUAGAUAAAGUUGUGGAAAGGCAUAGGUGAGGGGAUGGACAUAAAAAGAUUUCAAAGGCUUUGUCUGUCAUUCUGAGCACUGGAAAGACCAAAAUAAAAAUGAAAGGUUUAUAGCACCACCCAGACCAUAGAUCAGGCAAUCCCUCCAAACUGGAUGACCGGGCAAGAGGAGCCUGAUCAGAGAGGCUACCAAAAGGCCACUGGCAACUUUCAAAAGUAAUGGAUGGUGGUAGCAGUAUGAUGUUGUGGGAAUGUUUCACUUCAGCACUUGUCAGGAUAGGAGAAUUGACAGUGCAAAGUUCAGACAGAUCUUGAGGAGAACCUGCAGCCCUCUUCCAGGAGGUUGAAAAUGGGAAGAUGGUUCACAUUUCAGCAUGACAAUGCAGGAUUUUUCCUGGGUCAAGAUUUAAUUGCCUUUGGUGGUGGCUGACUUAAUAUAAUUUAUAUUUAUCAUCUGAGCAUCUAGAAACUUCUGAAAUCAGAAGAGUUUUUUGUUCUUCAAAGUGCUGUGGACAAUCAAACUAACUUAAAACACUACUGAUUUGGUACUGUGCUUCAAUGGUGAUAGUGUUUGUUUCCUAAUCCAUCAGAUAUUGUUUUCCUUUUAUCAGACUCUUAAUGAUUUAGGAAUACUUUUGAUUAUAGGAAUAUCUGAAGCCAAACCAGGGCAGCUUGUUUCCUGAACUCAAAUAUCAUUAGAACAGGACAUUUAUUACAAUAUACAUGACAUUGUGUUUACCAUAGUUGUUGAUCAUUUGUUAUGCUGAAAUUACAGGAAAGAACAUGGAUGGCUCCUCAUUAAAGUGUUAGGUGUAAAGCCGUGGCCAAAAGUAUUGGCAGUGACAUACAUUUUGUGUUUCACAAGAUCAAGAACGUCAAGGAGAGAGGUUCAACUGCAGUGAAGAAGGCUUCAGGACGUCCCAGAGUGUCCAGCAAGCGCCAUGACCUUCUCCUCCUGAGGAGUCAUCUACAGAAUCGUGUCACCACCAGUGCAGAGCUUGCUCAAUAUUGGCAGCAGGUUGGUGUGAGUGCAUCUGCACGCACAGUGAGGUGAAGGCUUUUGGACAAUGGCCUGGUGUCAAGAAGGGAAGCAAAGAAGCCACUUCUCUCCAAAACAAACAUCAAGGACUUACUGAAAUUCUGCAGGAAGUACAAGGAUUGGACAGCAGAAGACUGGUGCAAAGAUAUUUUCUCUGAUUAAGCCCCUUCCGACUGUUUGGGACAUCUGGAAAAUCGAUAGUCCGGAGAAGAAAAGGUGAACGCUACCAUGAGUCAUGUGUCGUGCCAACAGUGAAGCAUCCUGAAACCAUCCAUGUGUGGGGUUGCUUUUCAGUCAAGGGAGUGGGCCCUCUCACAAUUCUGCACAAAAACACUGGCAUGAAUAAAGAAUGGUAUCAAAACGUCCUGCAAUAGCAACUUCUCCCAACAAUCCAGGAGCAAUUUGGUGAUGAUCUGUGCAUUUUCCAGCAUGAUGGAGCACCAUGUCACAAGGCAAGAGUGAUAAUGAAGUGACUCGGAGAUCAUUACAUUGAAAUGUUGGGUCCGAAGCCAGGCAAAUCCCCAGAACUUAAUCCCAUUGAGAACCUGUGGUCAAUCCUCAAAAGGCUAGUGGACAAGCAGAAGCCCACAAGUUGUGAUCAACUCCGAGCACUAAUAAGGUGAGAAUGGAUCUCCAUCAGUCAGGAUUUGGCCCAGAAGCUGAUGUCCAGCAUGCCAGAGCGAAUCGCAGAGGUUAUGAAGAACAAGGGUCAACACUGUAAAUAUUGACUCUCUGCAUAUAUUGAAUGUUUUUGCCAAUAAAAGCCUUUCAAACUUAUGAAAUUGUUUUUCAGUAUAACAUAGAAACAUGUGAAAAAAUAAUCUACAAACACUGAAGCAGCAAACUUUGCAAAACACAAAUUGAUGUCACUGCCAGUACUUUUGGCCACAGCUGUAGGUAGGUAGUUAGACUUACUUAAAAAAUUACUAUUUGUUAUAAAGAAAUAAUAGCUUUAACACAUUUAAAAACAUAACUUUUACAACUGCUACUGUUAUAAUGAAAAAUUCUGUUUACUGUGAUAAAUGUUAGUAAAAGUAUUGAUGUGUAGAUGCAAAUAGUCUUGUAACUGAUUCAGGUGCAGGGCAGUGUUUUCUCUUUCCCUCGUCAGUGCUUUUCAGAAUGUCAGUCCUGUCUAGCUGGUUGAAAUGGUUGAAUUGCUCCAAAGUGCAUUAAAAUAGAAAGUUCUCAUGUAGAUUUCAGAUGAGUUGCAUAAGUUGUGGUCUGCGGCACGAUAUUGAGGGAAGCAAAAGUUGAAUCACACAGGUGAUCUGCUCUGCGCUAUCCUAUCACCAGAGCUUGCAUAUAGAGGGAAGCCUGUUUUACGCGUAAAUACCUGCAUGCUCCAGAUAUACAAUAGUAGAACAGAGUGCACCACUUGCGUGAGAGAUUCGCAGUAGAUCGUGAAACCGUGCAUAUCUGAGUUAUCAAGAAUAUAGAAUGACUUGAAUGCAUUCCAUAAAUUUUCACCAGAUGAUUUUACUGAGCUUGAACAUGUUCUAUUUGUGAACCAACGUGGUUUGAACAAUGGAAGUGUGGCAUAGUUCCUACAGUUUCAGGAAACAGUAAUGACUAGCUUGUUAAAUUCUCUAAUGAUGCAUUGUACUAUGGUGGUGUAAAGGAAUUCACAGCCACUUCAGUGCUGUACAACUUCACAAACUCGUCAGCUUUACAGACACAAUAGAUUAAACGCAACAGCAUCAGAAGCUCUGUGGCCGUACUUGUGCCAGUCUCUCUCUCCCUCUGCUGGUGGCAUGACUGUUUAUAUGCCACUCUCCCCAUGCUCACUGGAAUUAGAAACAGGUGUUAGACACUUUCUCUCUCUCCAGACAGAUGCUUGACCACACCCCUGCUGCCACAGGUGGUUAUGCGGUAAGUUAUGUCAUUUUCCAGGUAAUGCACCCCUGGUUGGAUAGGGUUAGGUUUAGGGGUAGGGUGCCAUCCUACGUUUCAGAAAUUCGCAAAAUGGUUAUGUUGGUAACUUAUGUCAUAAAGACUGCUAAAAAUGAAAUUCUUCUCACGUUUAAUAUAUAGAUAUAUAUGGGUGUUAUCGCUUGCCAUGUUUCUACUAAAGUUGAACUUUACAGUCAGUAAAAUGGCUUUUUUCCCCUUUUGGUUUUAUUUUUGGUUCUUUUUUUCCUCUCUUUAAAGUGGGGAGAGCAUAAAAAGCAUAAAUAUACUGGUUUCAGAGGUAGAGAAAAAAAAUAUUCUGAGCUAUCUACGCUCCUGUUUUUAAAUUCAUAAUCUCUUUUCAAUAAGUAUACCUUUUAAUAUUUAAAUAUAUUCUCAAAAAUAAUAAAGAUAUUUGACAUGUAUAUGCAACUGGCCAUCUAAAAUCAAUAUGUAAAUCAUGGUUUAGUGGAGGAGGUUUUGACUGUCACUUUAGAUGGCCAAUUGUAUUUAUUUGACUUUGUUAAACCUGGUAGUACCCAUAGAAAGCACAUGCACAGAAUGCCUUGAUGUUUGAGCUAAUAAAGUCCUAAAACCUCUUUAUACUGUUUUGAUCAAUGCUGGGGUAAAACAAAAGGAAACACACACUCAUUACAGCUAAAGAUCCAAGAGCAAUUAGUCAUAUGAAACCAAACAUUAAUAACCUUUUUUUUUAUUCUUUUUUAAAUCCCUGCAAAGAUCAAUUAAAUUGCAAGACUUAUCAGACAAAGUCUGAUGGCAUCAAAUCAUAAUCAUUCAAUGAAGACUUGAAAAAAAUGGAAAUAAAACACA